CUCCCUCCGGUCGGAGUCGGGGAUGCAUGUUCAAGUUGCGCCACAGCUGUUCACAGUUCGAACGCGUCCUCCAUCUAUCAGUUCAUUGAACCUGACACUCAUACCCAACAACUUCAAUGGACUCAACAAUGAUGUUUUCGUCCUUGACCCUUACGGGCGACAACAUUCCGAAGCCAAUAACCCUGUCUAGACAAGAUGAUUUUCCAUCUUGUCAGUUCAACUUCACACGCAGUGUCUAUAGAGACAGGCCGGACUGGGAGCCAUCGCCGCGUCCAGAGCACGGGCAUUUGUCUUUGAGACUCGGGAAGCGCAUCGCCGGCGGCAGGUCAGCCGUUGUCUAUGCCGCCGAGAUCCUGACCGAGUCCAAGCCAGGAGAGAUCCCCCCUUCGGAUCCGCUUCCCUCAGAGCGGGAGCUCUGCGUCAAGAUCGCACGACCUAAUCGUUGUCGCACGCUCGCUCGGGAAGCUUGGUUCUGUGACCAGCUGAGUCUCGGUCAGUUGCAGGGGAUUAUCGCACCGCGAGCCUACGGGUUCUUCACCGCCGACGUAUCCCGCGACCAUCAGACGUUCCCGCCUUGGGGCUCUAAAGACUUCCAGCUCAAGAUCUCUGACGAGGAUUCACAAGACGACCCGACUCGUGACGAUCCCCUGCCAGACGACGAGUCGUUGGGGGAGGCGCGAUGUCGCAAGCGUCCCGGGGCCAGAGGACGCUCCCCGUGGUGCCACUGGCGGCCAGACCCCAAUUCGCCGUUACUAGCUGUCAUCGUCAUGUCGCGGGGAGGAGCGACAUACACGCGCAAGGAUGAUGCGGACCAGGCUAAUCAGACGGACAUCCGUGCAAUACUCGAUGAUCUGUCAGAUAUCUACAUGUGGCAUGGUGACUUGCGCCCGAACAAUCUCGUCCGUGCACCCGCAAGCACGCUUCCAUGCAGUAAACACGGCUGCGUGCACAAGUGGAACAUCAUCGACUUUGCUUGGACUACAGCCGACGAUACAGACGGUGACAUCGAUGUAAAGCUGAGGACUAUACAUAACCUCCAGCUGGUCUGCUAUCGUAACCAUUACUUCUGGACCGGUUCUACUACUUGAAUGGUGACUCGGCCGUAAAAACGCGUCCGUCAAUGCGUAUGGCAACAGAGUUGUUAUGUGGUUGAUCGUUAUUAUCUGGGCUUGUCUACGUUGUCUUCUUAAAGCUUGGCACAAACUAGAGCCAUGUACCGCUAUUAUCACAUGGAUUGUUGGAAGAUUGAAGAGAAAUGUAGCAAUCUUGUGGCGAAUACACACAGAUCUGUAUAGGCUC